GCCCAAGGCGUGCUGGUGUUCCACCAGGUACCUCUCAGGAGCCGCGGCAGCCCUCGGCGUGCGGCCAGCGCCCGUGACAGCGGCGCUGCGGGGCUCGCGACCCCGGCUCCGGGCCUCUGCCGACUUCCGUGGCGGGGCCGCGUCGCCCGGCGGGAUGGGCGGCGAGGCGGGGUCCGCCGCGGCCGUGGGCUCCGAGGGCCGCGUGAAGAACCUGGGUCUGGUGUUCGAGGACGAGCGCAAGGGCUGUUACUCGAGCGGCGAGACGGUGGCCGGGCACGUGCUGCUGGAGGCUGCCGAGCCGGUGGCCCUGCGAUCGCUGCGCCUGGAGGCCCAGGGUCGCGCCACCGCCUCCUGGGGCCCGAGCGCAGGCGUCAGCGCCGCGACCCCUGCUGCCGCCUCGGAGGUGGAGUACCUGAACGUGCGCCUGAGUCUGCAGGAACCCCCGGCCGGUGAAGGUAUCAUUUUAUUACAGCCUGGAAAACAUGAAUUUCCAUUUCGCUUUCAACUUCCAUCUGAACCUUUGGUCACCUCAUUUACCGGGAAAUAUGGAAGUAUUCAGUACUGUGUGAGGGCAGUUUUGGAACGGCCCAAGGCACCUGAUCAGAGUGUAAAGCGGGAACUCCAGGUUGUUAGUCAUAUCGAUGUCAACACACCGGCAUUAUUAACCCCUGUAUUGAAAACUCAAGAGAAAAUGGUUGGCUGUUGGUUUUUCACUUCUGGUCCAGUCUCACUGAGUGCCAAAAUUGAAAGAAAGGGAUACUGUAAUGGAGAAGCAAUUCCAAUCUAUGCAGAAAUAGAGAAUUGUUCCUCUCGUCUGAUUGUUCCCAAAGCUGCUAUUUUCCAAACCCAGACGUAUUUGGCUAGUGGGAAAACAAAGACCGUCCGUCACAUGGUCGCCAACGUGCGAGGAAACCACAUUGCUUCUGGGAGCACCGACACGUGGAAUGGGAAAACUCUAAAAAUUCCACCUGUUACUCCAUCCAUCCUGGAUUGCUGCAUUAUCAGAGUGGACUAUUCCUUAGCUGUAUACAUUCACAUCCCUGGUGCUAAAAAAUUGAUGAUUGAACUGCCUUUAGUGAUUGGUACAAUUCCAUAUAAUGGUUUUGGCAGCAGAAACUCCAGUGUAGCCAGCCAGUUCAGUAUGGAUAUGAGCUGGUUGACACUGACCCUGCCAGAACAGCCUGAAGCACCACCAAAUUAUGCAGAUGUGGUAUCAGAGGAAGAAUUCUCUAGACACAUUCCUCCUUAUCCUCAACCCUCUAACUGUGAGGAAGAAGUAUGCUGUCCUAUGUUUGCCUGCAUACAAGAAUUCCGGUUCCAACCUCCACCUCUUUAUUCAGAGGUUGAUCCACAUCCUAGUGAUGUAGAAGAGACCCAGCCUGUUUCCUUCAUCCUCUGAGUAGAUUUCAGAAAUCACUGUGUUCAUCAUCAAAUCAGAAUGUUCAUUCUUUUCUUCUGCCUUUUUGGGAAAGAGGGAGGGAAGAUUCACUUAGAACGUAAAUGAACAUCAAGACUGAAGGCAAUAGAAAUUAAAGCAUACAAGAACUUUCUAGUGGGCCAACAGGAUCUUUGCACAAAUUUAUAUGAUGGUCAUAUGUCCCUUUUAAAAAAUGGGAUGAAGAUGUAAAAAGUCACAGAAUGGAAUGGAAGUCCUGACGGUGAUAGAGUAAGUGAGGGAGUGCCGCCGCCGACCUGAGAGAAAGGAACCUGUAAACGGGAAACACUGCGAGAGCUUCCCACAGUGUUUUUAAAAGUAUCCUAAACUUAAGGCAAUAUGGAUGCAGUGGGAGAAGACUUGGGGUUGGAGAGUGUAGCAGCACAAGGGUGGGCAUGAAUAGGAAAAUGGCCUACUUUAAAUACAAACGGAGACCUGCAGGUUUCAGGGUCUUCAUGAUUUCUUACCAUAUUACCAUAUUCAGGCCUGAAGUCCUAGAAAGUCUCAUUUCUUGAGAUCAUGGUCAUAUAAGGUCCUAAUGAAGUCAUACAGUUUUCACUCUUUCAAUGGUAGGUUACAAUGUAGCUUAUAAAUUGGCUGUACAGUACUAUGAGACUAAGAAAUGGCUUCUUGAAAAACUUUUCAGUUCAAAGGGAAAAGAUGAAUUUUAGUAUGAAAACACAUUUUGUUGAAGGCUGUAGUUUUCACCCCCUUUAAGUACUUUAACAGGAUAUAUGUUUGGUUUUCCUUAUAUCUUAUUUACCUAGGAGCACAUUAGAGAAAGGGGAUAAAAAUGUUGCAUCUUCAGGAUGCCUUGAUAACUACACAGUCAAUUAAAAAAAAGCCUUUCUUAAAUCUACCUCUCGUGGGGUUAUCAGACAUGUUUUUAACACUCUAGGUCAGAUCAGGCUUCUCUGGAGUUUCUGCUAUUUGCAGUAGCAGUCUCAUCCCCCUGUCACUAAAUCUGAAUCUGGGCCAAGGGAAAAAUCCAGAAGGUUGACAUUAAAUGGAAGUAAAUAUAUGCAUAUCAAGGGAAUUUCAAAAUAAAUGCAAAAUCAAAAGAGGGUAGGAACAAGGCCAUUUUUAAAAAAGACACAAAUUUAAUUCUUGUCAAGAGACUUUAGCCUACUGAUGGGAUUCACUGCAUCGUACAUUGUUAUUCCAAUUCCUCAGUAAUUCUGUUUAAACUGUGAUUUUCUUUAUUGUUUUGGUGCAAUAUUUUAUUAUCAUUUAACCUCAGGAUAUUCAGACCAACAGGAUUGUGUUGCUGCUAAAAGUCUGAGCAGUGUUUUUACUGUCUCUGUCUCCUCUCCUAUUCAUGGUCACAUUUUCACUCACUUUUCCUUCUAUUUGUUGGUUUUGUGAGCUGAGAACAUUUCUGGACACUAAGUGGAAGGGAGAUAGAGAUUCCCACGAUAGAGAUUUUAGACCAGCAAGUACUUUGGUUUUCUCCGUGUUCUAUGAGGGUUUGAUCUAGAAACCCUGGUGCUUCCCCUACAGAAUACUGUACUUAAUUAAACAGAAUGAUUAAUUUAUCUUUGAAUCAAUCAGUAUAUUCACUUAGAAAUAGAAAAGUUCUAAGGUUAAAUUUUAUAUUUAAAAAUUAGUUGGUCAUUUGAUCAGGGAUUUUUCUACAAACAUUAGGUAAAUGUAUGCUUUUCACCCCUCUGGACAUACCUCUGUUUUCUGUAAUCAUGGAAGCGUUAUGUAUGCACUUCUUGCAUUGUAAGCCACUGUCUAAAAUCAUAAUGCAAAGCUGUUAGACCAGUAAUUGUGGUACUGGAAUUGUCACAAAAUUUAUUCCUUGAUUUUAUUUUAGUGAUGUUUUAUUUUGCUUUUUUUGUGUGUGUCUUUAAAUAGGUAUGUAUAGUGAAGUGCUGUCUAAACAGUUUUGUUUUUACUUUAGAAAAGAUCACCUUCAACUAUUUAUUGACUUCUAAGUUGUAGUUUACAUGCCUUGUCAAGACAUUGUCCAUCUCCAUGAUACCAAAACAAAGUGAAAGAAGCAAACUCAAACAGUAUGGAUGGAGAGAAAGUUUAAUUACUUAAUGGAAUUCUUCACUAGGAUUCUUUAUUACCUUUAUUACAGAAAUCAUGAAGUGCCCCUGUGAAAUUGAAGCAGAACUAACUUUGUAGUAAAGAGAAUAGUUAAAAGGUGUGACUUGCCUUAUUGAAUUGACAGUGGUAUAUCUGACCUUAAGCAGUAGGUUGAAACUGCAUACUUUUUUAUAAUCGAGAGCAUUUUAUGAAUGUAGAAAAUUCUACAUUGGAAUAGAGAAUACCUGGGAAUGAAGAUAAAAAUUUAGCUGCUGUUACUUGCUUGUUUAUCCCCUCUUGUUCUUGUUUAGUUUGCAAAAAUAAAACUGUGGCCUUAGAAUUUUCUUUUUGAUGCAAAAAUUUUGAAGUUGAAAAUGUGCAUCUUUUGGCACACAAAAUCAUUCCAUGGGCAAAACUUUACUUUUUAUGUUUUUGUUUUGCACAAUAAGAAACUCAAUAGGCAGGGGUUAUGUUUUUGAUAAGUUAACUAUGAAAGCUUUUUUUUAUUUUUAUUAUUAAAAAUGUUAACAAUUUAACCCACAGGAAAAAAAAUAAAGAUUGUAUUUUGUACUCUUGUUUGAACCCUAUGGGUUCCUUUUGUUAAUAAAAUGAUUACAUUAAUGCU